UUGCAGCUCUGCUUCGUCUCACUCCCCAGUUACCCUCUCUCUCACUCCCUUUGUUCUCUUCCCCUGUGCUCUCCCUAUCGCCUCCCUCUUUCUUGCCCACAACUCGAUCGCCCCCAUCUCCACCCGCAACCUACGCCCAAACCCACCCUCUCUCUCUUUUUUCCUCUGUGGACUGCUUCUAGCAGUGUCAAAAUUUUCAAGAAAAUAUAAAGUUUUUGGAUGGGUUUUAAUUUUUGUAUUUAAAUCUCUUUGGUGCGAUUGUUUUAAUGGUUUCAGUGCAAGCAAAAUUUUCAACCACCGCCCACCACCCCUCCCUCUUCCUCUUUGUUUAUCUUCUUCUUUUCUCUCUCUCUCUCUCUCUCUCUAAAAAACAAGGAAUAUAUAAGUUGAUUGUGGAUCUACCCAUAAGUUGACUGGGGUUCAGUUUAUAUGAGAUGGAUUCGUGGUGGGAGGCGUCGACCAGGGGAGGAAGUGCUGGGUUCGUGAUAGCUGGUGGUUUCUGUACAAUCUUUUAUUUUUUUCGAUUUUUUUAUUCUUUUAAUUUUGACGAAGAUGGAGACAACCCAUGGAGGAAGGAAUAUAAACAAAGACUCAGAGAAUGUGUCGAAGAGUCCGAUUGAGAGAGUUUAGAUCCAUUUUUUCCGGCGAUACGGCUCCGAUACGGCACCGAUACGUAUCCGAUACGCCACGUGGCGUAUCGUAGACUUUUCUUAAAAGUUGACUUUCCGAUACGUCCUCGAUACGUCCUUGAUACGGUCACGAUACGGUCAUGAUACGGCACCGAUACGUCUGGGGGUAAAAACGAAAGUAUUUGGAAACUUUGGGGUUGAUUUUGAAAGUUAUUUAGUAUUUGGGGUUAAAAUGUAAAAAUAAAACAUAGAAUUUCAGAUUGCUUAUGUCAAGAGAUAGGCUAGGUCUUGGACUUUCAUUCAGACAGACGCCAAGCCAACCAAACAGAAGGAGGAAGGAGGAAGGAAGGCUAGGUCUUGUAUUUUGUGUGUUUUGUUUAAUUUGUGCUUUGUUUAUGGAGAUUUGAAUGAAGUUAUGUGUUUUGUUAAUGUUUUGAACUUAUUAUGGAUGAAAUAUCAAUUUUCAAUUUUUCUAUUUAUAUAUAUUUUUUAAUAUAUAUUAUUUUAAUCGCCGUAUCGGUGCCGUACCCGUAUCCUACUUUUUGGAGAUUUGCCGUAUCGGCGUAUCGUAUCGUAUCGUAUCGCCGUACCCGUAUCCGUAUCGGUGCAACAUCGCUAGUAAUGCACGAGUUUUGAUGAAGUUAUUAGUAUUUUAAUGCCUAUCAGGUCAUCCGAUCCUCAAAUGAUAGCCGUUAGAUUCAAUUUAAAUGAAAUAAGCGGUCAGAUUAGGCUAUCCACUUGGUGUAUGCAACUUCCUAAGAAAUACCGCAAACCAAACUGUCAAUGCUGAAUGAAGGUCUUAAAAUUGCGUUUUUGUCUACAAUUGGCCCGGAUGCCAGCUUUCAUUGGUCCCACUAGCUUUAAUUCUUAUUAAUAACAUUUUGAAGUCAAAAUAUCUAUGUUCGUUCCACACUUCUUCUUCACUGUACAAAUAGCCCCAGUUUCUAAUUCCUUCCUCAAUUGCAGAAACACUGAGCCCCAACUUCCACCGUCUGCUUCCACUGCCGUUGGGCUCUUGGCGUCGUCCCACCAAAGCUGCCGCCGCCUAUUAGUGUGAAAUAUCUCAAAUUUCAAAUAUUGAAAGCAUAUAUCUACAAUCAUGGAAGGUGACAGAGGAAAAUGCAGUAUAGUUGAUGGUGAGAGUACGUCCGUUAUUAUAAACGAUGUACCCACUAUUGAAGAAUUGAAAAAGAACAUAGAAGCGAAGCUUCUUACGCAUUCGCCCUUGCUUCCUUCUUGCUGCAUCUUCAAAGUUCCCGAGAUGAUUCGGAGACAAAAGAAACAUGCCUAUGAACCCAACAUUGUCUCCAUCGGACCCUUCCACCGCGGCAAUAAAAAAUUCCAACUCUUUGAAGAUGUGAAACGUUGGUAUUUAUAUUGCCUUCUCGACUCAUCCAAGGAUGUGAGUUUGGAGAGCUUGAUCAAAGUCAUCAUGGAGUUGGCUAAAAGCGCCCGCGACUGUUACGUAGCAGACCCGUUGGUUCGUGAUCUCGAUCAAAACGACUUUGUAGAAAUGAUGAUACUUGACGGUUGCUUCCUGUUAGAAUUAUUUCGAAAGGCAAUUUACUAUGAGCUACAAAAUGAAAACGACCCCGUUUUCAACGUGUCCUGCAUGCAGGAACAUCUGUACCAUGACCUUCUGCUACUAGAAAAUCAGCUACCUUGGUCUGUGCUGGAGUGUUUGUACAACCUAACUGUCAAUAGCCCAAGCCAAAGAGGGGACUCCCUCACUUCACUUGUGCUCAACUUUUUCAGGCAAUCCGAUGCGGAUAACCUGAUGUUGAACCCCAGCUUCGAGCUCCCAUGUAAGAUUUUGCACAUACUUGAUCUGAUAAGAGCAGUGAUCGUUUCUGGAUUCAAGGAGACGUCGAGUGUGGAAGAGCAGCCAAAAAAGAAGGAGCCAAAUUUGCCUCAACGGAUCCCAAACGCGACAACUCUUUCGGAGGCAGGCGUUCGGUUCGAAAAAAGCAAAAACAAGGAAGAGGGAAAGGGAGAGUGCAUAAUGAACAUAGAGUUCAAAAAUGGGGUUUUUACAAUUCCACCGUUGGGAAUUGAUGAGAGGACAGAGCCUCUGUUCAGGAACCUCAUCGCCUUUGAACAAUGCCACCACAGUCGCCUGCACAAGAUGACAUCCUACGCAGUUUUGAUGGAUAACCUCAUCGACUCUAGAGAGGAUAUAGAUUUUCUAUGUGGCAAAGGAAUAUUGGCCAAUUGGUUGAACCCGGACGAUGCUGCCCAAUUCUUCAACAAGCUUUACGAUGACACCACCGUCAUGGGGUAUUACUACAGUGGUCUCUCCGACGAUGUGAAUAACUAUUACAAGACUAAAUGGCACAAGUUUAUGGAAACAUUGAGGCGUGACUAUUUUUCUACCCCAUGGACAGUCGUCUCUUUCAUCGCGGCCUUUAUCCUCCUGGUCCUCACCCUAGUGCAGACCCUAUAUACUAUUCGAUGGCCUUAAUUAAUUUUUGCUUAAUUUCCUUCAGUAUUAUUUACCAAUGCUUAAUAAGCUUGGAUAUCCCUAUAUGUAAUAAUCUGCUUUUGUGUGUGAACUUUAGAAACUUGUGAACAGCAGCUGCUGC